AGGAGCCCCAGCCCUAUUUUCAGUCCCACUCCCACGUCCCCCCCUCCCCACCCACGCGGCUCCCACAGUUCCAACUUCCAUCCCACUCCCGCCUCCGGCCUACCAUGCAGCGACCCAGAGGCGAGCCGGCGCCCCUCGCCCGCCCACCGUCGCCCUCCUGCGCCUCCACUCGGCUGACGGCUCCCCCCUGUGCGGCUGUCCCUCCGCGCGCCUCCAAGCUCCGAGCUCCGACAGCACAGCAACACUCCAGGCCUCCACCGGCGGCCGCGCGCCUCCAAGCUCCGAGCUCCGACAGCACAGCAAUACUCCAGGCCUCCACCGGCCACCGCGCGGCCGCGCGCCUCCGAGCUCCGACAGCACAGCAGAAAAUGAUGCAAGAAUCAACACAUUCUGGACAAGUGUUCGUUUCUUGCAUGAGAAACCUUUUUGUCCCUCGUGAGAGCUUUCGCAUAUAAAUCACACCUUCUCCUCACGUUUGCUUUCUCAACUGUCAACUUCUCUCUCUAUCUCUCUAAAUUCCAACACUAAUUAACCACUUUCGCCAUCUGUCUCUUUGAUUUCCCUUCCUCCUCCAAUGAAGCUACUGCCGCAUCUUAUAACGUUGUUUCUAUUGAUUGCAAUUCAAAAUGCUGCUAAUGCCAAUGCUGCAAGGCAUCAUCAUCAUCACUCAGCCGUCAAGAAGCAUAAACAUUCAAGAAAACUCUCCCCUGCUUAUGCCCCCGCCCCCGCCCCUACCUACCCACCCUCCGUCCCAUCCGACCCGAGCUACGACCCGACCCAACCCGAGACCAAGGACUCGUGCAUUUUCGACGUGACGGAGUUUGGGGCGGUCGGGGACGGGUCGAAUGAUGACACGGCCGCCUUCAGGUCUGCCUGGAAGGCGGCCUGUCAGGUGGAGAACGGCGUCGUUUUGGCACCCUCGGGCCUCGUGUUCAUGAUCACUUCCACCAUUUUCUCCGGGCCUUGCCAGCCCGGACUUGUUUUCCAAAUGGAUGGGGUAAUGAUGCCGCCCGACGGGCCGGAUUGCUGGCCGGAGUCAGACAGCCAUCAGCAAUGGCUGGUGUUCUACCGUCUCGACGAUAUGACCUUAACCGGAACCGGAACAAUACAAGGCAAUGGCCAAAAAUGGUGGGAUCUUCCCUGCAAACCUCAUAAGGGGCCUAAUGGAUCGACAUUGCCCGGACCAUGUGACAGCCCCGCGCUGAUUCGUUUCUUCAUGAGCUCCAAUUUGGUAUUGACCGGUUUGCGCAUCGAAAAUAGUCCUAAAUUCCACGUCAAGUUUGACGGGUGCGAGGGCGUGUUAAUCGAUAAGCUGUCGAUCUCUUCGCCUAAGUUGAGCCCUAACACCGAUGGAAUUCACAUCGAGAACACCAAAGCCGUCGGCAUAUACAACUCCGUCAUUGCUAAUGGUGAUGAUUGUAUCUCAAUCGGGCCGGGUUGUUCGGACGUUGAUAUCGAAGCCGUCACGUGCGGGCCCAGUCACGGGAUCAGCAUAGGGAGCUUGGGAGUGCACAAUUCCCGUGCGUGCGUGUCCAACAUAACUGUUCGAAACGCAUUUAUAAAGGACUCGGACAACGGACUGAGGAUCAAGACAUGGCAGGGCGGGACGGGGUCCGUUUCCAGCAUUUCUUUUGAGAAUAUCCAAAUGGAAAAUGUGAGGAACUGCGUGCUCAUCGAUCAAUAUUACUGCCUGACCAAGGAGUGUAGGAACGAGACGUCGGCCGUGUACUUGACCGAUGUGACGUACAAGAACAUAAAGGGCACUUACGAUGUUAGGAGCCCGCCAAUACACUUCGCGUGCAGCGACAGUGUGGCGUGCACCAACAUCACAAUGUCCGAAGUGGAGCUCCUUCCACACGAGGGUGUUUUGGUAGACGACCCCUUUUGUUGGAAUGCGUAUGGUGUGCAAGAAACUCUCACUAUACCUCCCAUCGAUUGUUUGCUAGAUGGCAUGCCUCAGACACUAGCUGAGAACUCAUUGUAUGGCUGCUAAUAUUUCAUAUACCAAUACAAAUAUUUAUACUUAUAUAGAUAGACAUUAGUGGUGAUUUUGAUUCA